AUGCGUCAAUAUGCAAUGUUACUCGACGCCACAAAUGCUCGUAAGUUUUCUUCAAUUGGACGGAAAUUAAUUGUUGCUGCACCAGAUCAUCAACAAGGUUUAACAAACAGUUCAAGUUCAACUCAACAUAAUGAGCUUAAACAGAAUAAACAACGUCAACGAUAUGCGUGGAAUUUUAAUAAUGUUAGUACAGCUGUUAUUCUAUUUCCUACUAUUUGCUUUACAACGAAACAACGACACCGAUCGAUACUGAUACAUAAUAAUUCUGGUGGUGGUCUUUUGAAGGAAUCGUUGAAUCAUCUAGUAGCAUCUGAUGUUUUAAUUCUAUGCUCACGUGAAAUAAAACUCAUGCUUCACGAUCAACUUUUAUCAGAAUAUAGUGGUGAUAAUAAACCUGUUACCAUGGAAGCGUACCGUAAAUCAUGUAAAAUGAUUUCGUUCGAAGCUGUUGGUAUUGUACAAAAAGAUGUUUAA